UGUCAACCAUUUCAAAAGUUGUUAAAGCAAUAGCCUUUGUCUCCUCAGAUGGUACUAAUUUGCUCAUUGCUAAAACACUAAAGAGCCAGUGUCAGCCAGAGUCUGCUAUAUCCAAAAUCAUCCUGCAAUACUGUAAUAGUAAAUAGAGGGGUGUGGCUUCAUCAGUGACUGCAAAAAGGAAAAUAAGGAAGGGAAAAGGGAUACCUAGUUAGUUGCACAACAAUGCAUUCAACCCAAAUGUGUCUAUUGCAUUUAACCCAACCCCCUAUGAGGUCCGCACUCAGUAUUCACACUGAAAAAGAACAUAUUCCAUCUUUAAUGAGGGAUGUUUUGCCCUACAGGGCUUCAUCCUACAGAUCGGGUUACAACAUAAUACAGGCAUAGCCCUAACGGGUGGUGAGAAAGGAUAUAAUGAGGGACAUAGUCACUGAUAUCUCAUACUGGGUAGAGUUUGGACUAUGGCUUGUACAUGCCACUCCCAGAGAGGUACCAGGAAUUAACUUGUUUUGAAGUUGUGCUGUCAUAAGAAAUGACAGGUUAACUUGAUGAUGUUACAGUUGGUUAUUAAUGGUCUUAGUGACAUUAAUAGUUGCAUCCCAGUUAUUUUCAGUGUAGCACAUAUGAGGAAUGCUGUUAGACUUGCCCUUUGGCUAUGUGAGGAGGAUUUUGAUGGUGUUGUUGAAUGAUCACAUUUGCCUGUGAUUCUGGUUUUAAAUCGUCAUCUAUUCGAAAGUAUGGGAUGGAGCCCAUGUUCUAUAGGUGGUUGACUGCUAAUAAGUCAGUUAUAUUGUGUCUUAGGUAGAACCAGACGUUUGUUUGUCUUUUCAUAUUUAUCAACCUGAUACAUUGGGGAAAUAUGAUAAGAUCAAAUAUGACAUAACACAAUAUUAAUGUAUCUCCGGGAGGAACUCAAUUCUGUUGCAUUGGCACGCUCGGCAUUAUUUUUAGCACUUCCGUCUAGUCAUUCUAUCAGAUGUGAUUCUAUAUCAUCUGGCCUGGCACUGUAUACUUUUGUGUUUGUUCACUUCACUAAUUUUAGCAGGCGACCAUGGUGGGGACAGUCUUGUUUUAAACAGAGGAUUUGUAAAAAGUGUGGUCCAAAACACUGACCGCUCAUUAUACUGCGGUGAACUGAAAGUUACAUUUUCAUAGCUCUGCGAAAUUGAGCUUGAAUUUCCAGAAUGUGAAGGUCCAGCGGACGUUUGCUCCAGGGCGGGGUUUUUGUGUGAAGACUCAAUGGUUACAGUGGUGGAGUUCGUUUUGCAUGGCCCGGUGCCCCGGGGUUGACGAUUUAUUUUAAGGACCCAUGGAAUUGUCUAAAAUGAGGCAGCUCCGCCCAUCCGUGGCACCAGGCCAUGCAAAACGAAUCGACAAAUGUCACCAGCGCGCGUAGUCGGGACGGUAGCCUAUGAUACGUCUCUCAGUUCCUGUCAAAAACUCAGCUGAGCGAUGAUUCAAUUGUCAGCGGCUGUGAAAUAGAUCAACUUGUUGCUAUAUGCCACAUUCAUCUGGAGGAGAUUUGUCGAAUAAAAAAAACGAAAUAUUAAUCUCGAGCGGACCAUACAUCAAACAGACGGAGAAGUAUUGCUUUAUUUCAUUUUGGACGAAUCCGUGGACAGAAUAUCUAGAUUCUACAGGUAGACUGUUUUGAUGUCUGCGCGGUGGGGGUCUCCAUGGCUGUGUGGACAUGUCAUUUUGGGCUACGGGCUCUUUCUCCUGGUCGCCCUUCCAGACCUCACCACAGGCAGGCAAGGGAACUGCACCUACCCGUUGGUGCCAGAACAUGGGGGCUUCCGCUGCGAGCCUUCCCCCUGCCGAGGCUUCCCCCAGAAGAGCUUGAUCUACUUCUUCUGUGAGCCCGGCUAUGCCAUCCCAAAAGAGAUGGUGCGCAGCUUGCACUGCCGCCACGGCAAAUGGAUCCCCAGCGUGCCCACCUGUCUCGCCAUGCGAGACAGACAUGUUAACUAUGAGGACCAGGUGGCCCACUCACUCCCCAGCGUUGCCACGACGGCGGUGGGCGUGUCCAUAUUCCUCCUCACCACCACGGCCUGCUUGGUGAUUAAGUCCCGCCUUUUCCCCUGUCACUCACACAGCAGGCGCUCCUCUGACCAGAUGGAUCUGAUGGUGGAUGGCCUGCCUGUGUCUCUGCCCAGCUAUGAAGAGGCUGUAUAUGGGAGCUGGGGGCAACGCCUGCCACCCUGCAGAGGGCCCACCCAACUCUUACUAGCCCAGGUUGCUCCAGGUCCAUCAUUAGCUCACAACCAAUCAGAUUCCAGUUACUGUAUCCAUCCAUCCAAUCAAAGCCCCGAUAUCCUUCCGCCCCCUUACGAGGAGAUGGAAUCCCAUCCCAGAGAGGGUCAGAGUGAGGGGGACGUGCAGGCCAUACAAGUUGCACUUUCCGAUGACAAGAACAUUUGAGUGACUGGUGUAUUUGUAUUACCCACCAAUGAUGUACGGAUUUUUUAAAUAAUGUGCUCAGGCACUUAUAUAGAUUCAAGCCUACCAGCUUUAUCGGGUUUCAACCUUAUACAUAGCACACCAGUUGUGAUUGGCUGUUUGUAAUGUUAUGAAGUGUAUCCUGCCAUGGAGUCAUGGUUUAUAUCCCAUCAGUGAUGGGACCUGAGCCUCAUUUGUUGAGGUGACUUUGGUAAUGCCAUUACUGUUCCAUCACAGGGACCUGUUUGUCUCUAUUGUGACGGAUUGAUUGUGCACUGUGGGUAAACCCAGCUGGUGAGAGUAGAAAUGGAGGUUACUCGCUCUCCUUUCCUUCUUGUUGAAUUAUGAUUUGCGAUGAUGGCAGAGUUGUAGCGUCGAUUAUGGAAACCAGCAGGUGACUGGACAGUGUACACAGAGAUCACAUGAUGUCAGUUUAGGAGUAAGAUCUGUGUUCUCCCUCUCCUGAAACAUAUUUUGAGCUCUAGCUACAACCCAGUCCCAUUCUGGGAGUGGUGACUGACUGACCACAUGGAAGAGUUUUCACUUUUUUUCCACCACAGUGGUGGGAAAAGUACCCAAUUGUCAUACUUGAGUAAAAGUAAAGAUGACUCAAGUAAAAGUGAAAGUCACCCAGUAAAAUACUACUUGACUCAAAGUCUAAAAGUAUUUGGUUUUAAAUAUACUUAAGUAUCAAAAGUACAAGUAAAAGUAUAGAUUGUUUCUUAUAUAACCAGACGGCACAAUUCUCUUGUUUUGAUCUAUUUAUGGAUAGCUAGGGGCACACUCCAACACUCAGACAUAAUUUACAAAUUGAGCAUUUGUGUUUAGUGAGUCCACAAGUUUAGAGGCAAUAGGGAUGACCAGGGAUGUUUUCUUGAUAAUGUUGUGAAUUGGACCGUUUUCCCGUGCUGCUAGGCAUUGAAAAUGUAAAGAGUACUUUUGGGUGUCAGAGAAAAUGUAAAAAGUACAUAAUUUUCUUUAGGAAUGUAGUGAGUAAAAGUUGUCAAAUAGAAAUAGUAAAGUACAGAUACUCAAAAAAAUGACUUAAGUAGUACUUCAAAGUAUUUUUACUUAAAUACUUUACACCACUGCACUUUCUACACCCACCAGGCACGCACAUGAAACCCUCCAACCAUGCCAAGUGUACCCCACGCUGAGUAUGCACCAACCACCUCUCCCUUAUACCGCCCUGUUCACAGCUUUCACCGCUAUCUGCUUUGAAUGAUUGACCAGAGUAUGGGGAGGGUCGGGGGCAGAAACCCCCAGGAUGUACUUAUUUGUUAUAGUUAUUGAAUGUAGUUUCUCUUUUUCUUUUCAAUAGAAAAAAUGAAAUGGAAGUAUGUAAUGUAACAUUUUACAGAAGAUUAAAAGUCAACAUUAUUUCUAA